AUGUUCAAAGAAGUUCUCGAUAGUGGUGUUCUUCGUGGAAAGAAUAUCGAAGCACAAGCAGCUGCCUGUCUGUAUAUUGCUUGUCGACAAGACGGAGUUCCACGUACAUUCAAAGAAAUUUGUGCCAUAUCUCGUGUCUCGAAAAAAGAAAUUGGAAGGUGCUUCAAAAUUAUAGUUCGGAACUCGAGCACAAAUCUUGAACAUGUCACAUCUGCCGAUUUUAUGUCGAGAUUCUGUGGAAACUUGUAUUUGCCGAACUCGAUUCAAGCAGCUGCUACGAGGAUUGCAAAGAGAGCCGUUGAUAUGGAUUUAGUCGCGGGUCGCUCUCCAAUAUCAAUCGCAGCCGCCGCAAUCUACAUGGCUUCUCAAGCAUCUGCUGAGAAAAGAACUGCCAAAGAAAUCGGUGACAUUGCCGGAGCUGCUGAAGUGACCAUUCGCCAAACAUACAAAUUAUUGUAUCCAAAGGCUGCUGAACUCUUUCCAGAAGAUUUCAAAUUUGAAACUGCAAUCGAAGGACUUCCAAGUUCCUAA